CCGGGCGGCCAAUGCACGGGCGGGGAGGCACAACCGGGAAAGCAGCCGGGGAAAACUUCAAUCCCAACUUUCUCACCUUGACGGGACCCGAGCGCUCCCGAUGCGUCCCUUCCUGCCGCCCUCCCUGCCAGCCCAGCCUCCCCAGGAGGGCCGUUCCCUGGAGGGGGACAAACCCGAGUAGGGGGUGCCCUGGGUACAGUCCCGCUCGGUCCCUGCUGCCCGGGGCGGGCGGCGGGCAGGGGCGGCAGCGCGGCGGGGCUGGAUGCGGCUGCCAUGGGGCGCGGGGCUCCCCUCGGACCGCGCCUGCUGCGGGCGCUGCUGCUGCUCGCCCUGUGCCCCGCCGCCGGCAGCACCUGGAUGUGGCUGGGCAUCGCCGCCGCCGGCGGGCCCGAGAAGCCGGGCUGCGCCAGCCCUCCGCUGAGCCGCCGGCAGCAGGACCUGUGCGAGCAGAAGCCGGAGCUGAUGCCCGCCGUCCGGGAGGGAGCGCGCCUGGGCCUCCAGGAGUGCCGCAGCCAGUUCCGACACGAGCGCUGGGACUGCCGCUCGCCGCCCGCCGCCCGCCGCGGCACCGCCGCCCCCGCCGCCCUCGGGCAGCAGCUCAGCAGCGGCACGAAGGAGACGGCGUUCAUCGCGGCGGUGACGGCGGCGGGGCUGGUGCACUCGGUGACGCGCUCGUGCAGCGCGGGGAACGUGACCGAGUGCUCCUGCGAUGUCACCCUGCGGCACGGCGGCUCGGCCAGCGAGGGCUGGCACUGGGGUGGCUGCUCUGACGAUAUCCACUAUGGAAUGGCCUUCAGCAGAAAGUUCCUGGACGUGCCUUUCAAGAACGCAACAGGCAAGAGUGGGAGCGGGCUGCUGGCCAUGAACCUGCACAACAACGAGGCUGGGAGGCAGGCUGUAGCAAAGCUGAUGUCUGUGGAUUGCCGUUGUCAUGGUGUUUCUGGGUCCUGUGCUGUGAAAACUUGUUGGAAAACCAUGUCAUCCUUUGAAAAGAUUGGCCGGUUUUUAAAGGAUAAGUAUGAAAACAGCAUACAAAUAUCAGACAGACUGAAAAAAAAGCUACGCAGGAAAGAGAAAAGCCAGAGAAAAAUACCAAUUGGGAAAGAGGACCUGCUGUAUGUGAACAAAUCACCCAAUUACUGUGUGGAAGACCAAAGGCUGGGGAUCCCUGGAACUCAGGGAAGAGAAUGUAACCGCACCUCGCAGGGACCCGAGGGCUGUAACCUGCUGUGCUGCGGCCGCGGCUACAACACUCACGUAGUCAGGCACGUGGAGAGGUGCGAGUGCAGGUUUGUCUGGUGCUGCUACGUGCGCUGCAGGAGGUGCGAGACCAUGACCGAUGUACACACCUGCAAGUGAGACCAAGUGCAGGAACCAGGGCCAGACCAGCCAGCCCGUGUGCUGCGCUCAGCUGCUGCAGGGGCAGCAGUCACUGACUGUCACCGUGUGGGAUUUCAGAGGGAUCGGCCUCGGGGGAACAGGUACUGCCAGGCAAUGGGUAGUCCGAGCGUGCAGCACUGAAAGGACAGCUGAGUAAACAUCAGGCUGCACGCAGGGACAGCUUAAACAGCAAAAAGGACUCCUGAUGAUACAUUUGAACGUGUUACUCCGUGAGCAGAGACAGAUGCUAAACUUUUCAGGUAUUUAAUAGACACAAUGCCCUGAAGAUCUGUGUGGUGGGUAGGCACAGUGGAGAAAUCUUAAGAUAUCAUCAGCCAGAGACUGGAGAGUUAAGAGAGUUCAUAAAACACAUUAGACAUGGUCCUUAUGUCUGUGCUUUUAAAACUGGACUAGAUGGAUCCACUAGAUAGUUCAUUUCUGCAGACUUCAGAAAAACCCACAAAGAUAGGGGAGGAGUUCAGCUGUUGACCACAGAGCAUUUGCUUUGCAGCCGUUCAGAAAACUGCCUUCUGCAUAAUGUGCAGAAAAGCGUCGGGAAGUGAGCAACGUGUGUGACUGCAGAGAGCUCAGCAGUGUCUGCCUGGAAAAGGAGGGCCAAGCUGUGCCCAGAGGAGAGAGGCAGGAGCACAGAUUGGUGAAUGUGAAUGGGGUACCCAACAGCAGCCUCAGGAUUUUUAACAGGUUGUCCUUCAAACACACAAGGGAUAGGUCUGAGAAGAGACAGAAAUACAGUUUGAUAUUUUAAGGAAAUAAAAUCCUCUGCAGGCAUUUCCUGAGUAUCUGAGCACACAUUUUUUGAGUCAGCUUGUUGUCACCCUACUCUUGAAUUCUAUGCAAUAAUCUGCCACAUUCCACCAUCUCACUGGUGGUUCACAAUCAUUAUCAAAAUUAACCACAUGAGAUUUAGCACAAAGGAAUCCGCCAUAAAGCAAAGGAUUUUUUAAAACAGAUUUUCUUUAUAGAAUCAGCAGCUAGAUUUUUUCAUUAGGUUGUAUCCUCAGUAAGUUCAAUGCACAAUAUAAUUUAUGGAUUGGCUCACACCACUAAAAUAUUUAAACUGUUAAUGAUAACACUUUCUGUGUCUCCAUGUGUUGGCUUAAUUUUAUUUUACGUAUGUGAAAGGUUGUUUAUUUUUAUGCAGUGAUUUAAUGCCUGGCUUAAAAAGCAUCAUGUGAAAGGAUUACUGUUGUUUAAUUGUGCAAAGAACUAUUUUUGAUAAGACAAAGUUUAUAUUUUGUAAAUAUUUAAAUUAUGCAAGUUAUGUAAAAGGUUUCCGCAACUAAUGUGAUAAGACUACAGCCCUUGAGAUUCGUUGGUUAGAUAUUUGUUAAUAUUGUAGUAGCCUUCAAUUGAAUUUUGUUUGCAUGUGCUGGUGGAAAUCAGUCAGAGAACUGCAUAAAUGUUAGGGGUUUUUUUAUCAUAAGGAUGGUUAUAACUAUUGCAGUUCAUACACACUGAUGAGAAACACUUACUAUGAUUUUCUAAAUGGUCAGUUAAUUAGUAUUCUGCAUACUUUCUUUUUUAUUAUUUUCUUAAAUACAUUUUACAAACACUGAAAAUCUUGGCUCCAGCAGUAAGUACUCCCACUGAAAUCCAGGGAACUUGGAAGGGUUUGCAAUCCCUUAACUUCUUCCAUACUAACAGCCAGUUUUUAGAAAUUUGGGACAGUUUGGCUGAGGCUUUCAAAGUUACUUUGAAGAAUUCAUUUCCUAGCUGUUAGUCAUUUUCCCAGGAAGGAUGGUGACCAGAUUCUGAACUGUCACUCUUUAUUGGAUGUGGAAGCCAGGAAGAAGGAAACAAAAUCUUCUGUGUUGUGGUAUUUCACUGCCUUAUGUGGAUUAUCUUAGAAACAUCAGUUCAGCAACAAUGAAGUCCAUUAUCUGCUAUUUGGACCUUUACUCCACAUUUGGCCAGUCUAUGUCCAUUGGCCUGACCAAAUUAUUAACUUGGGACCACAAAAAAAAAUCUGCUGUCUGUGAGAAAGGAUGCUCAGCAUGCCAGUAAGGCACUGUCCCAGGAGGUUUCAACACCUUCUCUGUGGAAACUUGGAUAGGAAGGACAUACCACAGUGCAAGACCCUGAAGAGAGAGUUGUGACCCCAGGUUGUUUCAGCAGUGAAAAUAAAGCCACAGGCUCCUCAGGCUGUGCCCCAGGACCAACUGGCAGCAUGGAUGGGAGAUGACUAAACAUCACUAAGUCCUGACAGAACACUAUCAUACUCUCUGCUGAGACCAUACUUGGGAUAAUACAAUUUUUGACACCUAAAAUAACCUUGAAAUAUUAUUUAAAAUCAGUAGUUUGUUGUUUUGGUUUCUGUUUUGUUUUGUUUUUUUUUUUUUUUUCCUGUUCAUUGAUUGCAAGAUAAGCAGGAGAAAGAGAAUUAAGCAGCUGCUUUGGCUGCCUCCAGGGAUCAGAAAUUUCCCAGAGGAUGAAGUGAUUUCCAUGCAUUUUACAUAGUAGACAAUGUAGUUGGACUACUACAGUGCUCUCUGCUGAUCCCUACCUCUCUGCCUAUAUAUUCUAAUUCCCUGAGAGUUUUCAUAUCUGCAUACUUCAAAUGAUAAUAAACAGAUGAUGUUCAUUUUAUUAACUAAUAUACUACAAAACUUAACACAAGGUGUAGUUAUAUAUGGGGUAGGUUAGGUCCUUUUGAGGCAUCUAUGAGAACUAAGACAUAAAUCAAGAAAUCCACCAAGUUUUUCAAUGGGGUGAUUCAGCUGCAAAGACCUGGGAACUUGAGACUGUACUGAUAAAAAAAUGCUGAACAUUCAAGGCUGAAAAGGACAAUUAAAGAAGAUUGCUGUAGCAUUUGGUAGGAAAAACAUUUGCAAGCUAUGUUCCGCACAAGAUAGCACUCUCUUCCACUGCCAUCCAUCAAGCUCAAAGAGGAGUCAGGAUUCCUCCUCAGUCUGGAGUGCCUUUCUUCAUGGCUUUGCAUGGG